AUGAAAAUGAGUGUGACAAAUCGUAAGCCACUGUUGGUGCUGCUGUUUAUAUUAGCCUCCUGGAUCACUUUCACAGUUUUCCAAAACUCCACAAAAUUAUGGACUACACUCAAGUUGCCCAUCUCCCUCCAUCACUGGAAUUUCAUUAUGAAGUCCUCAUGCUCUGAAGCACCGUUGUGCCCCGUAGCUUCAGCAGCAGAGACUGAGCUGAGAAUAAAGGAAAUCAUGGAGAAAUUAGACCAACUGAUCCCGCCCAGACCUUUCACCCACGUGAACACCACCACCAGUGCCUCCCACAGCAGAGCCACCAUACUUAACCCCAGAGACACAUACUGCAGAGGGGAUCAGCUGGACAUCCUGCUGGAGGCGAGGGACCACUUAGGACACAGGAAGGAAUAUGGUGGGGAUUUCCUGAGGGCCAGGAUGUCCUCUCCAGCCCUGCAGGCAGGUGCUGCAGGAAAGGUGACCGACUUCAACAACGGGACCUACCUUGUCAGCUUCACCCUGUUCUGGGAGGGCCGGGUCUCCCUGUCUCUCCUGCUCAUCCACCCCAGUGAAGGGGUGUCAGCUCUCUGGAGGGCAAGGAACCAAGGCUAUGACAGGGUAAUCUUCACAGGCCAGUUUGCCAAUGGCAUCUCCCAUGUCGAUACUGACUGUGCCCUGCUUUUAAACUCAAGUGCUGAACUGUGCCAGUAUCUGGACGCUCAAGACCAAGAAGCCUUCUACUGUGUGAGGCCUCAACACAUGCCCUGUGCUGCACUCACCCACAUGCAUUCCAAGAACAAGAAUGUUUCUUAUCUAAGUAAACUAGAAAUAAGCCUCUUCAAAAGGUCAAAUGUGGGUGUAGAGAUUUUGGAGAACUUCAAUGUGAUUAAUGUCUCCAAAUGCAACAAUGAAACAGUUCCAAUGAAAGAAAAAUGCAAGUUUGGCAUGACAUCCACAAUCCCCAGCGGAUAUGUCUGGAAAGACACUUGGAAUCCUGUUUCCUGUAGUUUGGCUACAGUCAAAAAAAACGAAUGCCUGAGAGGAAAAUUCAUGUAUCUACUGGGAGAUUCUACAAUCCGCCAAUGGAUGGAAUACUUUAAAAGCAGUAUUAACACACUGAAGUCAGUGGAUCUACAUGGAUAUGGAAAAUUUCAGAACCAACUUGCUGUGGACUUGGACAGGAAUAUCAACAUCCAGUGGCAAAAACAUGGUUACCCCUUGAUUGGAUCAUUGACUUAUUCUGUCAAGGACAUUGAAUACAUUGCCCGGGCCAUUGACAGAACUGGAGGAGAAAAAAAUACUAUCAUUGCUAUUUCUCUGGGCCAGCAUUUCAGACCCUUUCCCAUUGAUGUUUUUAUCAGAAGGGCCCUCAAUAUCCACAAAGCUGUUCAACGUCUUCUUUUGAGAAGCCCAGACACUAUGGUUGUCAUCAAGGCAGAAAACAUCAGGGAAAUGCACAGUGAUGUGGAGAGAUUUAGUGACUUUCAUGGUUACAUUCAGUAUCUUGUCAUAAAGGACAUUUUCCAAGAUCUCAAUGUGGGCAUCAUCGAUGCCUGGGAUAUGACAAUCGCAUAUGGCACAAAUAAUGUCCAUCCACCUCAGAAUGUGGUCAGAAAUCAGAUUAACGUAUUGUUAAACUAUGUUUGCUAG